GUAAAACAUAAAGAAGAAGAAAGUGAGAGCGGAGAACUAGCAAGUAAAAAAAAACUGCCCAAUUCCGCUGUGGGCAGCCUGAACCUCGGACGCAAAAGGUGGCGUCGUGGCCGCUAUACUCAACUGUUUUUUCACAGAAGUCCAGCUCUUCCGAACAUAUGUCGCCAAGGAAGCGAGUGGUCUGUCCCUUGUGCUCCUGUCUGUUUGCAGCCUUGUCCAAUCACCUGCGUGUAACCCAUGGCGUAAGGAAUUUGGAAGAGAGGACUAUUCUCCUUAAACUGGCGGGGGGGCGUGUCUUUGUGAGCAACGAACCAUGCCCAAUUGAUGCCUGUCCUCUGGAAAGGGCGUGUCUGGACCGACACCUGAAAACGGGCCACCCCGAGCUGCCCUAUUUGGUCAGAAUGGAGAUCCUGUCCAAUGUUAAAAGGCGCGUUGCGCUCAGGCAGCUGCGGCUCCUCCGGCGGUCGGAACCGCAACCACCCAUGAACUCUACGCUGGAUCAGGACGAGGAUCCGGGCGAGGACCCCAGCAGCGUUAUCUAUGAUGCCGUGGCCGCCACAGCUGCGCCCGCAGAGGUCAGGCCGGGCUGCUCUAGCUGUGAGCAGCUAGCACGUGAGCUCAGGGCCCUCACCCUGGAGCUCAGCUCGCUGCGCUUCAAAUACUGGAAGAUGUAUCGCCUACACAAACGGCUCGGGUCCAGGGUGGCGCGUCUAUCCCGAAGAACAGAUGACGACGGAGACGAGGAGAACGAGAGGGAGGAGCGGCAGCAGCAGGACAGGAGCACCUCUCCCACAGUCUCUCCUUCCACCCAGUCUACUUCGAGGAGUGGGUCAAAACAGGGUGCUGUCAGGGUCGAGUCCUCUUUGACCUCCACCAGCACACACGCUGGGACCCCCUCCACCUCCUCCCAUUACACCGGACUCCCAGUCGUUACCGAUGUUUGUUCCCUGUCAGUGGAAGCCCAGAGGGGGAAACGACCUCAGCCUGUUAUUCCCCAGGUUACGUCAAAAAGACCAAGAAAAAAUGUCUUCUGUCAGAAAGCCUCAGCUGGAGAUCUGAGCUGGAGAUGCUCCUCUGUGCCUGAAGAAGAUGAUGAUGAUGAGGUAGUUACCUUGGAGAAUACAAGUACCCCUAAGCCACAAACGCCUGCUCCAAGCAUUAAUGAAAUCAAGAAAGAGGAGGAGGCGGCGAGCGAGUUGGAUACCGCCGCAGGUCCGAGCACACGGGUGGUCAACAGCUCCACCCAAACAGCAGCUUCCAAAGUAAAACUAGAAACAGAGAGUCAAAGCCAACCUGGAGGGAGGGAGAAAGGGUGCAGUAACAAUGGUGCCAUGUUAGACAACACAGACACCCCCGUCCUCCAGCAGGAGAACGGGGAAUCCAGUCAGAGUGGGAAUCAAGGAGAGCAGUCUUUGUCCAACGGAGUGACACACAUGGAAAAUGAUGAAAUCGCUGAACCUUCAUAUGCUCCCCUUUUCGCUGACAUCUCUGUGGUGCAGAAGCAGCAGGAUCAGCUGCUGGAGCUCAUGCAGGACACGGCUCAAGAGAGGGACCGUGUAAAAGAGGAGGUGCAAAUACUUAACACCCGGCUGCAGGAGCGGGUCAGCGUAAAGAGUGAGUGCUCUCAUCAAGCCUGCCAAACAGAAGUCCAGAAGGACUACAGAAGUCUCUUUGAGAAGGCCAAGAAGAAGGUUCACGAUUUGGUGAAGGACAAAGAGUUUUUAUCAAACGCUGCUGACAUCAGUACCGGCGCUAAUGCUGCUCCAGGUGAAGAACCAGAUGUCCAAGAGAUUUCUCUGCAGGUUGGCGGUCUAGUUCGUGAACUGGAUCAGAGAGAAAAGAAGAUGGAUGAACUUCGCUCCAAGCUGGUCAGUCUGGAGGAGGAGAAGUCGGCUUUAGCGGCCCAGUGUGAAGAGUUCAGGUCAAGUCUGCAGCAAGAACGGGAAACCGCACAAUCAGAGGAGGCUGGAGGCUCAGCAGGCUCUGGCUCAACGUCAGAGGACCACGAAAGUUUGAUCAGGCUUCGAAAGAACGUUGGGAUUCGUCUCGUCUCCUACAUCCCAGAUCUGGAUUUGGAGCAAGUGAAUUAUGAUUGUACCAUCAUCGAUGAGAUCCUGGAGCAGUAUGUUAACCGUAGUUGGGAUUUGGAUGCUGCUUUUCCUCCGUUCACCCUUUGCUGAAGGGCCGAAGGAGACUCCAAACAGAAUGGACAUCUUCAUAGUUCCAAAGCUUCCAACCUCUGGACUUGUAAAACUUCCAGCUUGGUUCUAUAGCUGAAGAGAACUUCACAGGUGUUCUGUAGUUUCAUAAGAACGUCAGGUCCAUCUGGUUUGAGUUUUCAGCUUGUACUUCAGUCUUAGUUUGUGUUUUUGUCUGAGUUCAUUUAACUGCAGCAAGUGGAUAUUUUCAACUAAUUGUCAAACCAAAACUUUGAUGGCUGACGUGUGUGAAAUAAUCCAUCUUGCAGCCCUAAACUUACACAUUUUCAGUUCAAACUGUUGAAAUGUUAAUUUUGUGUGAAGCUCAGGGAGACUGUUUCUGUUGCAUCUGGGAUGUUUUACUCUAAGCCGUUUGUGCUAUUUAAAAAAAAAACAUUAUUGUUAAAUCACAUUUAGUUUGUCAUAGUUCUCACACUCGGUUAUACAUUCUUUUACUACUUUUUUGUUUUCUUAUGCUUACAAUUUUCACAUAGCAUCACAUUAUCUGUCUGCUUGAACAGUUCAGGUGGUGAAAGCAGAUUUGGUUAAAAGUGGUUAAAAGUGAUGGUUCUGCUCACACGUACGAAAAAAUUAAAUAAAAAUAAAUGUGUGUAUUUUCUCGUA